GGGGGCCCCGCCUUGGUUUCGCGAGCGAUUUUAUAUGAAGUUGCCGCAUGCACACAACGUUGCGUGUGCUGUGCAUCGCAUCGCAUCCCUUCCUCGCUUGAUCGCGGACUCCACUGACUACUCUCGUGUUCUCUCUUUGCGCGGCUGCCUCUUUUACGCGUUGCAAACUUGACUGUAUUAUUAUACAUACGCGCUGGUGGCACACAGUGUAUGCGUGCGUAUUGCUGGGUGUCAGAGCGCGCCGAGGCGUCCCCGUCCCCGACUUCGUCCGUCUACUCAGUGGUUUGUCUCGUCCGUCCACGAACGCAUCGCGGCCGCUACGGCGUGUUUUUCUUUUCUUUUUUUGUCUGCUCCUACGACUGUGUGCGUCUCCUUCGUAUUUAAGCCACUAUACUUGCGACUCGGCUUCAUGAGAGCUCGUCGAAGAGUGUGAGGAUUUUCUCGCGACGCAUUUGAGAAAAUAUAUUAUAAGAAGAAAGAAAUCUCAAAGACCGAAACAUGUCCUGCUGCUGCGGUUCCGACGAUGAGGAGGAGCAGAGGCCACCGCCGCAAUCGGAUGCACCUCGCGUACGAGGAUGCACCGAUAUAUUUUGGCUGGUUUUGUUUAUCGUCUUCUGGUUCCUAAUGAUAUUGAUUGCUGCUUUUGCAUUUGUUUAUGGAAGUCCAAUUAGGCUUAUAAAUGGGUAUGACAGUUUUGGAAACACCUGUGGAGUUAAAGAUAAUCCUAAAUUUGGUGACAUGGAGCUAUCUGGACAGAAUACUCUUGAUAAACCGUAUUUAUUUUUCUUGGAUGUAAAAAACGUUCGGAAGUCCUUGAAGAUAUGCGUCAAGCAAUGCCCAGACAAACAAAUGAAUAAUUUAGCUGAUGUGUGUGACUUUUAUCGAAGGACUGAUUCUCAGUUGUGCCAGGAUAAACCAGGAAGUGGUUUUAGUGCCUGCAAAAACCCAUACGAUGAAAGAAACCAAUUAGGCUCUUGUCCUGCCUAUCCUGUAUAUGAAAGCAAACCAAUUCUUAACAGAUGCAUACCAAAAGCAGUCAGUGAAAUUACCAAGUCCAUUGCUUCCAAUCUUUUUGCAAUUCUGAAUUCUUGGGAUUUUGUGGAAAAAGUUUUGGCAGAUCUGUAUAAGACAUGGCGUCAAAUCCUAUCUUUAUCCAGUUUAUCUUUUGUUUUAUCCUUAUUAAUGAUUGCUAUUUUCCAUUGGCUUGCAAGUUUUGUGACUUGGAUUGUCAUGACAGGAGUAACAAUUGCAAGUAUUGGUGGAUGCGGUUUAUUAUGGUGGACUUACAUAGACAUUAAACGUAAAUUAGACAGAACCGAUGAAAAUGAAUUGUUAACUGAAUCUAUACAAAAUGAAAAAACUUUCUUAGCUCUAGCAAUUGUUGCAACUACAAUUACUGUGAUUUUGAUCUUCCUCAUUUGUUUUAUAAGAAAACGAAUUAGCUUUAUGGCAGUUUUAUUUAAAGAAAGUGCAAAGUGCUUAGCUGAGCUUCCAGGCUUAUUUUUCCAACCCCUUCUCACAUUUUUAGCUUUAUCAGUAUUUUUUGCUUUUUGGUUGAUGGUCAUGUUAUGCCUUGCUACUGCAAAUUAUCCUGGUACAAAGUCAUUGAAUCUUGAUGAUACCUUAAAUUUCACUUCAACUGUGACUAGUAAACCGACAACUGUGAACACAGAACCUUUGGACAAUAUAUCACUGACAAAUUUUAAAAACUUCCUUACAUAUAUUUUCUCUUCAGGAUUCACUCUUUUGGAAUUCACUGAUGCUACUUGGGUAAAAUACAUGUGGUGGGUUUAUGUCAUUGGCUUCGUGUGGAUAAGUGAAUUUAUUAUUGCUUGUCAAACAAUGGUCAUAUCAGGGGCUGUAGCUCAUUGGUAUUUCAGGGGUAAAAAUGCCAGUAUAUCACCAGUAUGUUCUUCCAUGGGUACACUCAUCACAUACCAUCUUGGAUCAGUAGCUUGUGGAUCAUUUUUAAUUACUAUAUUUAAAAUUCCUCGUUUAAUAUUAACUUGGUUACAUGCAAAGUUUGAUAAGACUAGAGAAACUUCUCCUUGUUCACAGUGUGGUCUUAAAUGUUGCAUUUGUUGUUUCUACUGCUUAGAAAGGUUUAUUCGCUUUAUGAAUCAAAAUGCUUACACAGUGGUAGCAAUUGAAGGAACACACUUUUGCAAUGCAGCCAGAAUUGCAUUUAAUACAAUCUUAAGUAAUGCGGUUCAAGUAGCAGUUAUAAACGGUAUUGGUGAUUUCGUUCUAUUCAUGGGAAAAUGCUUUGUAACAGCUGCGACUGGCUCCAUUGCACUUCUGUAUAUGAAACAUGAUGCUCAAUUACAUUUCUAUGCUGUUCCAAUAUUUGUAACUUGCGCAUUUUCUUUCUUCAUCGCUCAUUGUAUCAUAUCACUGUAUGAGACGAUUAUCGACACGCUUUUUUUAUGCGUUUGCGAGGACAAGAACUUGAAUGGCGACAACGGAAAGUGGCGAAGUUCCGGGUUGGCCCAGCUCGCUUCUGAUCACCCAACCAACGGUCAACAAUCUCACGAACUCGCACCAAUGAAUCGCGCUUAAAAAGUCAUUUUCAAAGCUCUCGUAAGGAAUUUUUUUAAAUUAAAUAUUCACUUUGAAAAUUAUGAGUGAUGAAAAAAUAUUUUCUAUACUCAGAUAACAAUCAACUAACAGCCAUAUGUAGUUUGAACAAUUUUCAUUUAGAAAAAUAUUACACCAUCAUUCAUAAAAAAAUGUGUCACUUCCAUGAUUAUAAGUUAGAGCGUUAAAUAUAUGAAUUAGGAUUGAAAAAAAAUUGAAUCGAGUUAGAUUCCGCGACGAACAUGCACAACUAUUAUUAUAAUUUGUUUAAGAAAACUUUUGUAGUUUAGAAAAGUGCAGAAAGUGCAUCGACUUUUCGUAAUGAUUACGAAAUGUACUUGAAAUGAUAUUUUUGAUUCUCACACUUUUUGACAGUUACUUUGCUUCAGUAAAAGUACAAGUAAUUUUGUAUUCAAUAUUUUUCGAUACUCAUAUUAUGAAUAAUGAUAUAUUUAUACAUGUAAGAUAUAAGAUAUAUUGCUUCAAGUCUUUUGCACAGUAUAUUUACUUAAAAAUAAAAUACUAACAGAUCUUUCAAAACUUCGUGUUUUCACAGUCAAGAAAGGAUAUUUGUAACUAUGUAUUGUAUAAUACUUUUUCCAGUGAUUGCAUACUAUUUGAAAGUAUAUUAAAACUAUUUAUUAUACAAGGAAAAAAAUCUAAAGAGAAUUUAGAAAAAGUACACUUCUAAAAGUAUUUUUUCUAAAACAAAUGAACUAUAUAGAGUAUUAUAUUAACUAUUAGGGUGAUUUUACUCUAAAAAAAAUGUUAUACAAAAAUUUACAAAAUUAUACAUGAAUGAUUUAUUUAUUAGAUGUUAUAAUGUAAGCAUAGUUUAUGAUAUGCAUAUUUUGAUUAUGCAUUAAUUUAGCUUAUAACUUUGGAAAUUCAUCUGUAUUUAUUGAUACUUGACCAGAAAAUUAUAUAAAAUUGGUAAACUGGGUGCUAUUUUUUAAAAAUAUAUUUUUUUAAAAUGAAUUUUUCAAUGAUAAGAAGGAAUCGAAAUUUUGUAUUAUACCACAUAAAGAUCAUGAACUGUUAUUCACAAUAAUUACUUUUUUUUUUGUGGCAACUAAAGUGUGCGCAUUUAUUUACUAAAUGUUGUUCAAUGAAUUUUGUAAGAGGAAGUGAGAAAAUAUUUACAUUGAGAUAUCACUUUAAAAGUUCUUAAUGUUUAACUGAUAUAAUAAAUCAUGCACUGAAGCCUCGUUAAUAAAAUGCAUUUUUUGAAUUCAGUGUUUUGAAUCAAAUUUAUGCUUUAGAUGUUUAAAUUUAUCCUACAAUUUAUACAAUGAAAAGUUUACUGUAUUUACAAUAAAAUCAUUAUUAUAAUUAAAAA